AUGAGGCUUUUGAUUCUCCUAUCAUUUGUUGCCUUAAUUUGGGCCGUUGCUGCUUUACCAGCCGCCAAGGAUGCAAAAGUGGAGCCUAACAGCUUGUCGGAUGUUGCUGAUCUCGGUGCCAGUCAUUCGAAUGGAGCUGAACGUCAAGUUCGUCAUUGGGGUUGGGGUGGUGGCGGAUGGGGCUAUCCCAGAUAUGGUGGUUGGGGAGGCUAUGGUGGAUAUGGUGGCUGGGGCGGUGGUUGGUAUGGCCGAUAA